AAACACAUCUUAGCAAAGUGUUAUUUAUUUCUCAAAGGACACAGGGUGCCCAAGCAACAAGUCAAAAUAACAAAAAUGGCGCCUUUGGAAACUCAUGCACAAAACGCCGGGGUUUGUUUCUAUUUACUGUUCUAGCACCACUAACAUGUUAUACCGUAACGUAUUCUGUACAUAAUAUAUCUGUUGUGGGAAAUACACAAUGAAAGGUCAAAAUACAGAAACACUUGAACUCAAAGUAACCGAAAACAAUGGCGAGACACAGAACAGUGAAAACAGCAAAAGUGACAAUGGAUUUCAAAUGAUGCUUUCCGGCUUGGGCUUCACUCGUCCGCCUUCCGGCUUCCUAAGCCAAGCGUUGACUCGAUGCCUAAUUGUUCUCGUGUCUUAUGGAGUUUUAUGGUCUAUUACUGGACAUGAAAUGCUUCCUGGUGGAAAUCUUUUUGGCAUUUUCAUAAUUUUAAUGUGUGCAGCGUUUGGGGGAUUUAUCACUACGCGGGUUUCCUGUGGCGUCUUACCAUCAUUGCUUGGGAUGCUUAUUGUUGGGUUUCUACUUAGAAAUGUACCUGGAAUUGAUGUUGCUAAGCACAUUGACAAGAAAUGGUCAGCGACACUACGAAGUAUAGCCCUAGUGGUUAUUUUAGCCAGGUCUGGGUUGGAGUUAGACCCUGGAGCGUUACGCAGACUGAAAUUUACAUGUGUACGACUGGCAUUUGGACCUUGUAUUACUGAGGCGGUGACAGUUGCUGUGGUUGUGAGAUAUGUUCUUGAUAUGCCAUGGCUAUGGGGGUUUCAGCUAGGGUUUGUGUUGGGUGCUGUUUCUCCAGCUGUGGUUGUACCACAGCUGUUGGUUUUGCAAGCUAAGGGUUAUGGUGUGGAACAAGGUAUCCCUACUCUUGUCAUGGCUGCGUCUUCGUGUGAUGAUGUCUUGGCCAUCAGCUUGUUUGGUGUGUUUGUUGGUAUUGCAUUUUCAAAAGGAAACUUAUAUUUCAACAUCUUCCGUGGUCCAAUAGAGCUUAUCAUGGGUAUUGUGAUAGGCAUCCUUGUUGGUGUUGUGUGCUGGUAUCUACCGAACAACCAAGAGACCAACAGGCUGGGUAACAGGUUUGUCCUACUCGCUGCUUUUGCUCUGCUUUCUGUAUUUGGAUGCAAUGCUGCAGAAUUCUCUGGGGCUGGUGCACUUGGAGUACUCUCUAUGGCAACCAUAGCGGGGCAUGGCUGGGGUGAUGAUGAGAAGGCAGCAGUCUCUCGUGCCAUGGCUGUACUGUGGGAGUUCUUCCAGCCCCUUCUGUUUGGUCUUAUUGGUGCUGAGGUCACUUGGGAAUACAUGGAUGUGAGCCUUGUAGAUCGUUACCAUGGCAGUGCUGUCAAUCUUAAUAACUGCACCAAUCGGCGCCGUCGCCAUAGCCGUAUCCGGCCCAAGACUUAUGAGACAAGCGCAGCCUGGGCACGACAGUCAGGAACCACAGUGGAACAAGACAAAUGUGUUGCUAUGCACUCAAAGUACACCCGUUUAAUAUGCUGGCCCCUUUGUUCUACAGUGGAACAAGACAAAUGUGUUGCUAUGCACUCAAAGUACACCCGUUUAAUAUGCUGGCCCCUUUGUUCUACAGUGGAACAAGACAAAUGUGUUGCUAUGCACUCAAAGUACACCCGUUUAAUAUGCUGGCCCCUUUGUUCUACAGUGGAACAAGACAAAUGUGUUGCUAUACCCUCAAAGUACACCCGUUUAAUAUGCUGGCCCCUUUGUUCUACAGUGGAACAAGACAAAUGUGUUGCUAUACACUCAAAGUACACCCGUUUAAUAUGCUGGCCCCUUUGUUCUACAGUGGAACAAGACAAAUGUGUUGCUAUACACUCAAAGUACACCCGUUUAAUAUGCUGGCCCCUUUGUUCUACAGUGGAACAAGACAAAUGUGUUGCUAUGCACUCAAAGUACACCCGUUUAAUAUGCUGGCCCCUUUGUUCUACAGUGGAACAAGACAAAUGUGUUGCUAUGCACUCAAAGUACACCCGUUUAAUAUGCUGGCCCCUUUGUUCUACAGUGGAACAAGACAAAUGUGUUGCUAUACACUCAAAAUACACCCGUUUAAUAUGCUGGCCCCUUUGUUCUACAGUGGAACAAGACAAAUGUGUUGCUAUGCACUCAAAGUACACCCGUUUAAUAUGCUGGCCCCUUUGUUCUACAGUGGAACAAGACAAAUGUGUUGCUAUACACUCAAAGUACACCCGUUUAAUAUGCUGGCCCCUUUGUUCUACAGUGGAACAAGACAAAUGUGUUGCUAUACACUCAAAGUACACCCGUUUAAUAUGCUACACCAGCCCCUUUGUUCUACAGUGGAACAAGACAAAUGUGUUGCUAUACACUCAAAGUACACCCGUUUAA